AUGCCUGGUUUGCGUCUUGCCCAUCGCGUGGCUGUCAUCACCGGCGGCGGUUCCGGUAUUGGCCGAGAAUGUGCGCUUCUGUUCGCCUCGGAAGGAGCCUCGGUGGUGCUCGCGGACAUCAACCUGGACGGAUGCCAGAAAACGGCGGAUCUGGUCGAGCAGCGUUUCUCGCACUGUACGCCGGCGGUCAAAGCGGUUGCUGUCAAGUGCGAUGUUAGCAAGGAAGACGAGGUGGCGGCAGUGGUCCAGCGCGCUGUUGAUGAAUUCGGUCGGCUGGAUGUCAUGUUUAACAACGCCGGCAUCAUGCACCCUUGCGACGACAACGCUUUGAACACGGAAGAAAACAUCUGGGACCUCACCCAGGCGAUCAACGUCAAAGGCGUUUGGUAUGGCUGCAAACAUGCGAUCAUGGCUAUGCGCAACAACGCAACGGAUGAGAGCAAGAAUCUGCACGUUGGUGGCUCGAUCAUCAACACAGCUUCCUUCGUAGCGGUCAUGGGUGCAGCUACUCCUCAGAUCGCCUACACUGCCUCCAAGGGAGCCGUACUGGCUAUGUCGAGAGAGUUGGCCAUCGUCCAUGCCAGGGAAGGCAUCAGAGUCAAUUCUCUCUGUCCCGGACCACUGCAAACACCUUUGCUGAUGGACUUUCUCGAUACACCCGAAAAACUCGCCCGUCGUAUGACCCACCUUCCAAUGGGAAGAUUCGGAGAGGCGGUUGAACAGGCUAAAGCUGUCCUUUUCCUGGCUACGGAUGAAUCGAGCUAUGUGGUUGGGCAUGAUCUUUUGGUCGAUGGAGGCCUCUCCCGUGCUUACGUCACGGCAGAAGGGGAGGCAGUGUUGCCUCCUCCAAAGAGUCUUGUCUGA